AUGAACGCUUUCCCAAAUGGCACUCGAGUCUUCUACUGGGCAUCUGGCGGUGAAAUCAAGUACGGUACUGUGCAGGCCACCAACCGUAUGGCCGAUGGCACUCAGAUUGUGGUGGUAAAGGUUGAUGGGGAAGGCCACGCACAGUUACCGUGGGUGUCCUCCGCUGAUUCAUAA